CGCUGCACCUACCCAGCUGUGUGGCAGUCAGACACACAGACCGUUGCCAGCAUAUCCCUUCUCCUUACCACGGACUCCUCUCUGCACAUCGCCUUGCAACGGAGCGGAGGAGGGAAAACACACAGCGAGGCGCUGCACCACAUCAACAUCCAGGAAAAAAACUUCAGGUUGCCGCACCCAAGGAAUAUAAAAAUGCAACCAUUUUGUUGGACUGAGAUGGAUCUGCUAUUGCCAUCGCAGGGCUGGAGCACUUACUGUGUGUGCAAGGAUACCUCGCUUGACAAGGCAUAGCACCUGGAGCUACUUUGGUGUGAGGGGUAAAAGUCAAAGGAGGAUUCUGCUAGCAGCUGGAUUUUGAAGUACAAGGACCACGCAUGCCGAUUUUACGCAUCGCCUAUGAGCGGAUUAAAACAACGACGCGGGCUUGACUCGGAAGAAUACACGGGAAGUUUGUUUACAGGUGGCGCAAGUAAUGACUCGAUAUUUAGUCUGUAUUUCGCAACCGUGCCCGUGGUUACAUUUGGCAGAUAUUUCAUCCAGCGACUAACAUCACACGACCUACAUUAAAUGGCUCGGACAAUGCAGAUGUUGCUUAUCAAAGCAGUGCUGAUUUUUGGAGGAUACGUCCCUGUGGCAUCAUUUAGGAAUGAUGAUGGGGCAUUACGAACCAAAGACGGCGUGCAGGAUUUCAACAAUACAUACAGAGAAGCCUUCGAGUCCCUCCGGGGAACUAGUCAGCACCAGGCUAGCGCUUUUCACAAUACGGGCCGCCACGCCACAGGUGUACCCUUGCUGGAACACACAGGCUCAUCAUUUAAUGGGGAAGAUGCUAAAAUUCACCAUGGCAUAGUGUGGCAGAGAAAGCACGGUGGCCACUCUCAUCUUUCACACCGGCUCACGGAAAGAGGAGACGUCUCCAUCGAAACCAACAACAAUGUCUCGCGGCGACACAAGAGGAAAAAGUUGAACAACGAGAUGCCUGCUACCAUGGGAACGCCAGGCGUACAUAAUAACACCAAGCCCCCUGCGGUGAACAAGCGAGGACUGCACAAGAGAAAUCACCGAAGGAAAAGAGGCACGAAAGAGAACCAAAAGAAAGCGCACAAGAGCGGCCGAAAAGGCGCAGCCGCUUUCACGCGCCCUGAAACUUCUGUCAACGUGUUGAGUGCUCCAUUCACAAUGUGGGAGCCUUCGCCAAAACUUAUGACCCUCACGUCCACACAUUUCCCUUUCGAUUUGACCAGGAGUGGUGAAUAUUACACCAAACAAGAUGAGGAAGAGGAUCCGUGGGACAUGACACCCAUGACACCCCCAUAUGACAUAGAUCAUGAGGAGGAAUACUUCCCAAACCCUUUCUAUCCCGUCACGAGUGCGACGUUUGGAGCGUACGCCAUCAUGGUCGUGUCAACCAUCAUAUUCCUGGUCGGAAUAGUUGGAAAUAUCGCCAUCAUGUGCAUUGUGUGCCAUAACUACUAUAUGAGGAGUAUCUCCAAUUCCCUUCUGGCCAACUUGGCCGUUUGGGAUUUCGUAAUGAUUUUGUUCUGCCUGCCCCUUGUGGUGUUCCAUGAGCUGACAAAGACCUGGGUCAUGGGCCAGUUCACUUGUAAGGUUAUACCAUACAUUGAGGUGGCUUCAUUGGGCGUCACCACCUUCACGCUGUGCGCCCUUUGCAUCGACCGCUUCCGUGCCGCCACCAACGUGCAGAUGUACUACGAGAUGAUCGAGAACUGCACCUCCACCUCUGCCAAACUGGCCGUCAUCUGGAUCGGCGCCCUGCUCCUCGCCUUACCCGAACUCCUCAUCCGCCAGCUGGUCACGGAGGACGGUGGCCCCCCCGACGACCCGGUCCCUGUGGAGCGCUGCGUGGUGCGCAUCUCCACCUCCCUGCCCGAUAUGUUGUACGUGCUGGGCCUGACCUACAACAGCGCGCGCCUCUGGUGGUGCUUCGGCUGCUACUUCUGCCUGCCCACGCUCUUCACCAUCGGGUGCUCGCUGGUGACUGCACGCAAGAUCCGGCUGGCCGAGCAGGCCUGUGCCCGGGGCAACAAGAAGCAGAUCCGGCUGGAGAGCCAGAUGAACUGCACGGUGGUGGCGCUGGCCAUCGUCUACGGCGCCUGCGUGGUGCCCGAGAACAUCUGCAACAUCGUGUCGGCGUACAUGGCGGCGGGCGUGCCGGAGAACACCAUGGAGCUCCUGCACCUGCUGAGCCAGCUGCUGCUGUUCUGCCGGGCCGCGGUGACGCCGGUGCUGCUGCUGUGCCUGUGCCGGCCGUUCGGGCGCGCCUUCCUGGACUGCUGCUGCUGUUGCUGCGGCGACGCGUGCGGCCAGGCGCGCUCCUCGGCCACCACGAGCGACGACAACGAGCACGAGUGCACCACGGAGCUGGAGCUGUCGCCCUUCAGCACCAUACGGAGGGAGAUGUCCAACUACACGGCCGUGGGGUCGCACUGUUAAGA